GCACCGGUAGCAGCUUCCAGAUCGACCGCACUAACUUUUCUCGACUUAGUUUGACCCUGCGCACCUCCCCGUGCCUCCUCGUCACCACUGACACCUCGCCAUGUCCAGCAGCCUCCCAGUUCUCCAGAACAUACGCAAUAGGAGAUCGCACCCCAUUUCUGAUGGCCCUCCCGUUCCACCGAAACCCAGCACAGAGCUCUCGCUGUCUCAGCGGCGGGGUCUCCCACCUCCAGAACCGCCCGAGCAUUUGAAGCCAUUGCCACCUAUACCUCGACCUGAACCCAUCGAGUCAAAGCCUUUGCCGCGAACGCCAGGAAAGAUCAAAAUUGGCACGACUGCGCUUUGGGUUGUGGCUUUCGCUAUUUGGUUCUUGCUGAUCGUGGUCAUGAUGCCGGUCAUUAUGGAAAGAGAGGCGAUGAUUCGGGUCAACGCUUGGUUGAGAGGUUGGUGGUGAAAUGAUUGCUCUUCCUGAUCACAAUGAGAGGGUAUGUUAAAUGUUCUGAUGAAGAACCUUCGACUUCUUGGACCCGUCUCACGAUCAAGGACCGCAACGGACAAGUACAUUGCACGCGUCGAACUCGGAUUGCAUGUAAACUA